AUGGAAGAGCCCCUCUUGGGAGACUCCAUCAGGACAUCCUGUGAGCGAUGCCGUCGUCGCAAGAUCAAAUGCGAUCGGAAGCGUCCCUGUUCCAGAUGCACCAAGGCCGGCACUGAGUGCGUUCUCCAAGGCAUUGGAGAGAAGCAGCGGCCGGUCUCAAAGAGCUAUGUCCAGGCUCUCGAAGGCCAAAUCGCCGCGCUGGAAACAGUGAUUCACAAGCUCGCUCUGGCAGACGACGCAGAGCGGACCCAGAUCAUCUCUGAGCUUUCACUUAGCUCGGUGGCUCCCAGCUUGCCACUGUCCGAGGCUGGCCCGGCCGACAUCAAGACGGAUCCGAGCCUUGCCGCUGCUCGAGUCAAGUCCGGUCAGCUCAGGCGGCUGCGAGGGAGCAACGCCGCGCAGUUCUUUGGCGGGACGAGCUUACUCCAGAUACACUUUUCCCAAAAGUCAUCGGUUGCCGCCAACUCCACGGCCUUGGAGUCUUUGGCUAUUACCGAUACCCAACCCUACAGCAACAGCCCCGGCAUCGGCGUCGCCAACAACAGUAACCCCAACUUGGACCUGAGCGAGCUGUAUGGCGAGUUUGAGGAUAUCAGCCCUAUGGGUGCAUCGUUUCAGUAUGAACCUCACCAUGAGACUUCGCAAAAGAUGAUGUCGCGAUUCUUCCAGGAGGUAUAUCCGUACAACAUGGUUGUGUAUCGCGAGUAUUUCCUGAGAGAUUACGAUGUUGGUUCGGGGAAGUACUACUCGGACGUUCUGUUUUACUCCAUCUGUGCCCUGGGAGCUCUCCAGUACGACGAUAUGCUCAACCUCUCCGACAUCUUCGCGGGCCAGGCGCAGACCCUCCUCUACUCAACGCUCGACAGCCCCGACCUGACGGUUCUCCAAGCUCUCGUCCUGCUAGGCUACCGCGAGAUUGCCGUGGGACGGGCAUCCAAGGGCUGGCUGUUCUGCGGCAUGGCUUUCCGCCUCGCGCACGAAAUGGGCCUUCAUCUCGAUCCCACCAACUGGCAAGGCCAGGCCCACGAGACGAGCGGCGACAGGGAAAUCCUGCGCCGAGUCUACUGGGCAGUAUUCACCGCCGACAAGCAGCUCAGCCUCUAUUUCGGGAGACCUCCCGCCCUGUACCCCAGCGAGUCGGACGUGCGUAACACCAUUCGGCUGCAAUACCCCCCUGGCUGGCAAGGCCUCUUGGAGACGUACAUUUGCAAGGGAGCGUCGGCCAAUGAGUGGGACAAGGGCGUUACGCUCGUGGGCUCGUUCAUCUACCGAGCCGAACUGGCCAAGAUCAUUCAUCUCAUCAUCACUGAUUUGUUCGAGAACCGGAGGGGAGGCGCAGAUCCUACCAUUAUCGCGACCAAGACGCGGAGGAUACACGUCUUGUUGACAAGAUGGCUCACGAGCAUCCCCAGUUCGUUGCACUGGAACCAGUGGACGGUUGGUCAAGUGCCUCCAUACGUUUUGCAUCUACACAUGAUGUUCCAUACCAUCAUGAUCAUCCUCCACCGCCCGCCUUCGCACAUGUUCGAGAACCCGGGCAUCGCAGAAAGCGAAGACGUGGAGAUUUGCUACGAAUCUCUACAAGCAAUCCUCCGUCUCAUGCGCAGCUACUCCCGCUACUACCGCUACCGGUCCCUGCCCCUGGACUUUGUGCACACGCUCUCCACCGCCGCAAGCACCGUCAUGAUGAAGCGCUUCCUCCAAAAGGCCUCGUGGAGCGACCCGGACAUUGAGCGCGCGCUGUCGCUCAUCAUGCAGGCCAUGGACGAGAUCCAGAACACCUGGCCGUGCGUGCGGGAGAUUCGGGACGUGCUCCUGCAGGCGCAGCAGACGCAGGCGACGAUGCCGCCGGAGGAUCCCCUCAACGCGCCGGGCCUGAUGAACGGGCUGGAGGUGAACCAGGAUGACUUCCUGGCGAAUCUGGGGGAUGACAUUGGGACGCUGAUUACGGACGAGUUUCUGAGCGCGCAGGUUCCUGUUCUGGAACAGGAGUUGGAGCCGUUCGACUUCAAUCAGUUGGCGGGACCUCCUUGAACGCGCUGGCCUUACGACUGCACCUAUCGAUCAUCCCGAAGCAUCGGUCAAGGAUGAUGGCCAGAACAGUUGCCGUUUACCGGAACAAGACACCAGGCUGCGGCCAUGCGGAGCCUUGCAUCUGUACCACUCCAUAUGUACUCUGGAGGUCUGGAGGGUGAUUCACCGCCACGUCCACGCGAC